UCGUCCCGACCGCUACGGCGAACGUCUCGCCACUCUCAAUUUUAAACCUCCCUUCCAAGUCCAGGACCGCCCCCCCCCCUUUACGCACAAUGGGCGACCGCAAAAAUGCCGCCAAGGCCUCUGGAGAUGAAGACGGGGCGGGUGCAGAGGAACCUGGACGUCCGAUAAGAUUGACGUACAAUGUCGAAGGGGCCCGCGAACGUGAAAUGCACAUGUUUUAUCCCUACUGGGGAAUCCCCCCGGUAAAGAAACGAUCCGCCAAUGCGUCUCGUGAUAAUGUCCUCACCGUGUUCGCGCAGCUGGCGACUCUCCGGCUGAACGCCAAGCGUGCCUUGAUCUCCCUCUUCGAUCGAACCACCCAAUACGUAGUAGCGGAAGCGACACCGCGCUACGACCUCCGCCGGCAUCACAAUCACCAACAGGACUCGAACGCCAAGGCGAAAUCUGGAACUUUGUGGCUUGGUGUGUGCCAAAUGUCUCGGGAACACAUGAGGAUGUGCGACCACGCGAUGAAAACCUUUGUGGACGAUCCUGAGGCCAUGUUCAUGGUGCGCGACUUGUCCAAGGAUUCCCGCUUUCAUGACCACCCUUCCGUGGUCGGACAUCCGAAUAACCGGUUCUACGUCUCGGUACCGAUCGUAUCCCCUGGGAAGCAUGUGAUCGGGAAUCUGGCGGUCAUCGAUGACAAACCGCGGGAUGGACUGGUCGAAGAGGAGAUCGUCUGCAUACGAGACUUGGCCUUGACCGUGAUCGACCACCUGCAAUCCCAGCGAGCGAUGCGUGAAGAAUAUCGCGAAGAGAAGAUGGUCAAGGCCCUAGCCUUGUUCGUCAAUGGCAAGUCGGACCUUGGGGAAUGGAGCCAGAAUCAAGAUGGACGGCCAACGAAGAAGACGGGUGGUGCGUUGGUGGACAUGUCAGAGGUCAAGAAUCGCCUCGACGACCUCAAAGUUACCGACUCGGAGGAUGACUCUGUUCAAAACAAUGAGUCGGAGAAGAAACGGCAGAGUGAGACAGAUCCACCGUCUGACGAGCAAGAUCGGCAGCAGGAUGAGCCGGAAGAACAACAGGAUAAUACGGAUCAAGUUCAAGGUCUAUCGGAAAAGCAAGAUCAAGCGGAGCAGCAAGAUCAAUCAGAAUUACAGCAAAACGGGGUAAACUCGGAGUCCUUUGAUGAUCAAGAUGACACCCCUAUGUCUCCCAAGGGUACGAGGAGCCCAUCGCCAGACGUCAGCCCAUCGCCAGACAGCUGUGGCAAUUCAGAGAAGAGUCCUACAUUGAACGGCGGUACCACAGACAAGCGUCGCUCUUCGAAAAGGAACUCUGGAUCUCCAGGAGAGCAGGGGUAUCCUUCUCAAUCCGCCCCAGGCAGCGGGGAUAAUUCCAAGCCUUUUGAAGAUAACAACAACACUCACAAAGCCCCCAAGGAGAAAGGCUAUACCUUCCAACCAUCCGGUAGCGACCGCCAAGAUGACGACACUACCCCUUCGCACAAUGCAAAGCGGGGGCAUAGCCCGGAUUCAACUGUACAUAAGUUUGGAAAGGUGGGGGACAAGCCGACCAAGAGCCCGGUAGGCUCACAUGCGCAGGGGCGACCAACUCGUCCGAAGCUCUCCCCUACGACAAGUCGUCUACAAGAAUCGCUGGUUCCCUCCAAUGUGAGGACAAUUCUCAGCCGUGCUUCAAACCUGAUUCAUCAGGCCCUUGAUGUCGAGGGAACCAUGUUUCUCGAUGCAUCAGUCUAUGCGAGACGACAGUUGAUGGGUUCAACUAGUGACUUGCACGAAGAUCGCAAUCCUAGCCCCCGGAAGAGUUCGGGCGACAGCCAAUCGACCCACGGGAAGAAACCGGCCAAGGAUCAGAACCUCGGAUCCGCCACCCUGGUGCUCGGUCACUCGACGAACGCUGGUCUAACGCAGGACCACGAGCCGAGCGAUCGACACUACGUCUCACUUUCGAGCGAACUGGUGAGUCGCAUCAUCGACCGCUAUUCGCGCGGAAAGAUCUUCCACAUCGAUGCGGACGGUACAAUCACAAUGAGCUAUGAGGGUACUGCGCUCAGCUCGGAACUGGAAACCCAUGUUCGCGGAGAGGGCGCCGGCCUGGAAGGGAAGCAACCCCACGAUACAAUGAUCCAGGAAGAAAACCGGGAUAUCAGAGACCUCAUCAAGGUCAUGCCGGGUGCCCGGUGCAUCGCGAUUUUCCCUCUGUGGGAUUUCCAGCGCAAUCGAUGGUUCGCUGUCAAUGUGGUGUGGACGAGAGAUCCGGGCCGAGUGUUGUCGGAGCCAAAGGACUUGACCUACAUGGCGGCCUUCAGCAACAGCGUGAUGGCGGAGAUCUCGCGGCUAAAUCUGCAGGCGGCCGACCGCGCGAAGGCCGACUUCAUCUCGUCCAUCUCGCACGAGUUACGCUCUCCGCUGCACGGCAUCUUAGGCACACUGGAACUGCUUAAUGAUACGGCGACCAGUGUCACACAACGACCUUUGUUAGAGACAGUCUCCAGCUGCGGCAAAACCUUGCUUGACACCCUGAACAACCUGCUGGAUUACGGCAAGAUGAAUGCGCUAAACGACCCCCAGGGAUCCCAGAAGCAAAAUGAGUCAAAGAAUGAGGAAGAACGCCGUACCAGCAAAUCCCAGGGACCGCCCGAGCAGGAAGAGGACCUGAGCCUUAUUGUGCAGGAAGUAGUCGAAGGUUUGGUGGCGGGCCAGGACUUCUUCUGGAGAACCACCGAGACCAAGCCCGAGAAAGAGAGGAAAGCGAAGGAGAAGAAGCCUAAAGGCAAUCUCAAGGAUGUUAUCACUAUUGUCGACAUCAAGUGGCAAGAGAGCUGGCUUUGCAUGGUCAACCCGGGCGCCUGGCGCCGAGUUAUCAUGAAUCUCUUUGGCAACGCCUUGAAGUAUACCGAAAAAGGCUGUAUCCGACUGCGCAUGGAGAACAGCAGCAUGCUCCUCGAAAACGAGAAAGUCCCUGCUGUCCGGAUCGUCAUCACGGAUUCGGGUCGCGGGAUGUCCGAGGAUUACAUUCUGCAUCACCUGUACACGGCAUUCGUCCAAGAAGACACCAUGUCCCCUGGACUAGGCGUGGGUGUGCACAUUGUGAAUCAGAUCGUCAAAUCCAUGUCCGGUCAAAUUGAGUUCAACAGUGAGCUUGGUGUUGGAACCGAAGUCAGUCUGCUGAUUCCGAUAACCAUGAUCACAGACAAACCGGCGACAUCGUUGGCUUCGUCGAGGUACGAAACCCUCAAGAAGAGGUUGCACGGCCGCACUGUUGCACUGUUCACGAAUACUUUCCGAGCCAACGACCUAAAGGUGAAACCGGAGUUUGUGGACAACAUCGUGACCAACCUUCGUAAAAUGAUCAGCGACUGGUUUGGCUUGCGGGUGUUGACGGCGGACGAGCUGGAAGGACAACUGGCCGAUAUCAACAUUAUCACCCAGGAUGAGUACAGUCGGAAUUACAACCCGGAGGCCACCGGACCUGGCGGCCUUUCCCCAUCAGUCUCAGUCAGUGUGGGGUUCCCAUUGAUCGUGCUGAGCGCGAACGCUACCAAGGCGGCUGAUCUCCGGAGCGACCGGGACGACGUUGUCUUUUUCUACCAACCUGUGAGCCCCAAGAGUCUGGCCACCGCGUUCGAGACGUGCCUUGACAUCAAGGAACGUUCUGGAGACAACACUCCUGCACGAAUGCAGUCAACGCCAUCUCCUCCUCCUGACGCUCAGAUCCAGCUGCCAGAGCCUGCAAUGAAUGGCUCCAGGCCCCAGUCUGCCGAGACCCAAGACCCAGUCAACAAGAAAAUGGCGUCUCCGCGAGACAGUCCGAUGGUGGAUGAUGUGAAUGGUGUGGACGAUCAAGCGACCGAGCGACGGCAGCCAAUGUCCGGAUCCGGAUCCCGCAGGGUCCUUCUCGUCGAGGACAACGCUAUCAAUCUCCAGCUUCUUGAAAUGGCCGUCAAGAAGUCCAAAUUCCAAUACCAUUCGGUGUCCAACGGGCUCGAAGCGUCUGAGGCCUUUCGACGCUUGGCAUUUGAUGCCGUGGUGAUGGACAUCUCAAUGCCGGUCAUGAAUGGGCUGGAGGCCACCCGCAAGAUCCGGCAGUGGGAGCGAGCUCACCAUUUGGAGCCCACGGUCAUCAUCAUCCUCACGGCGGGGGUGUCGCCGGAUAUCCAGCAAGAGGCGCGAGCCAGCGGAGUGAAUCUGUUCCUGAUGAAACCGAUCUCGAUCGCCAAGUUGCAGGGGGUUCUGCGCGACAUGCCCGACGCGAAGAAGGGGGCCCUCUUUUAAGCGGGUCUAGGUGUUUCUGGACUGGAGUCGGGGGGCAGCGUGGGGCGUUAUUGGUCUUUGUGUGGUUGAUACGCAUGGCAUGCAUGGGAAAUGACUCACCAUACUACGAGUAUACGAU